AUGUUGACCAAUGCAGCUCUUAUUCUCAUUGUCACCAGUAAAGUUGUCCUAGGACAGGAUGACAGACGGGCUGUUAAAGGAGAGAUAUUACCAUUAGAUAUGGCAGAGGAUUCAGUUGAUGACCGGUAUAAUGACUGUACAGAGAAGAUGAAAAACCUGGUGGAGAAAAAAUAUCUACAAGAUGAAAUCACUGCUAACAUAUCAGGCUUUGGAACUGCUUGGAUAAACAGUACAAAAAACAUCACUGGAUCAAAAGACAAUCUGAAAAGAAACCAUUUAAUUGCCAUUUCUGUGUAUACUGGUGUUCAAGUAUAUAAGACAUUCAAUCGGGAUGUUAGUACCAGUAAACAAAAAUACAAAGACAAGACAUACGCAUGGUAUUCGCUUCAUUUUUGGUUAACAUCAGCGAUACAGACUCUAAAGAAAAAACAAACGAAAUGCAUAUCAACUUAUCGUGGUACCAAAGAUAGGUUUAAUGAGAAUGUUCUGAACAAAGAGAUUCGGUUUGGUUCAUUUGCGUCCUCCUCUCUUGAUCGUGCAAUAGCAAAGGGUUUUGGAAAUGAAUCUUGUUUUGAAAUCAAUACUUGUCAUGGUGCUAAUGUGACAAAAUACUCCUAUUUACAGCAUGAGAAAGAGGUGCUGAUUCCCCCAUAUGAGAAAUUUAAUGUCACUGCUAUAAAGAAGGGUGCCUGGUGUAAGACUGUGUUUGUGUUAAACAGCUCUGAUAUAAAAAGUAACUUAAACUGUGCAGUGGCAUCAGUCAAGCCCAAGAAAUAUCACAAUGCCAUUAUCUCUGACUAA